AUAGGAGGAAAUUAUAGAGAUUCGCCAAUUCCUAUAUAUUUCUCGGUAUUUCUAUCGGAGGGCGGGGAAAGUGCACAGAAAAGAAGGGAGAGAGAGAGAGUGGGAGAGUGCGUAGAAAUCCGAGGGUUCUCUCCGACGUUAAUGGCGGUUAGGGUUUUCUGUUGAUCUUUAGAACUCAAAUCUCCCGCCACUCCCCUCUUUCGUUCUUCCUAAAGCCCUAUUCAGUUUCCUCCUUGCAAUCGUUAUAUUCAAUUUGGUAAAUAAUUUCUUGUAAAUUUAUCUGAGGAAAGAGAAAGAUUAUUCAUGGGCGCGCAAGGAAAAAACUCGGCUGUUGCUAAUUCGAUGCAACGUGUCAAGGUAUACCGUCUGAAUGAUGAUGGUAAAUGGGAUGACCGGGGAACUGGGCAUGUUACUGUUGAGUAUCUGGAGAGAUCUGAAGAACUUGGUUUGUUUGUCAUUGAUGAAGAAGACAAUGAAACAUUACUUGUUCAUCGUAUCAGAUCAGAAGAUAUUUAUCGAAGGCAAGAAGAUACAAUAAUCUCUUGGCGAGAUCUGGAAUAUUCUACAGAGUUAGCUCUUAGCUUCCAAGAGGCUACAGGGUGCUCUUAUAUAUGGGACCACAUUUGUAAUGUGCAGAGGAACAUACGUUUUACUACUCUUAGCAAUGUAUUGGAGACAUCUGGAACUUCACAGGCUAAUGAUGAUACAUUUCAUGGUGUCAACAAUGAGUUGAGGGAACUGCCAGCAGUUCAACUAUCUGCACUUCCCUUAAUAUUGAAGACUGUGGUGGAGAGUGGUAUUGCUGAUCAGAUGCGCGUGACAGACCUUAUUUUACAUGAUCAAGAAUUUUUCCCCAAGCUGAUGGACUUGUUCAGAAUGUGCGAAGACGUAGAAAACAUUGGUGCUCUUCACACAAUAUUCAAAAUAGUCAAGGGAAUAAUUUUGCUUAAUAAUCCUCAAAUCUUUGAGAAAGUUUUUGGGGAUGAGCUCAUCAUGGAUAUUAUUGGGUCCCUUGAAUAUGAUCCUGACAUUCCUCAUGUGCAACACCGUUCUUUUCUGAAAGAACAUGUUGUUUUUAAGGAGGCCAUCCCUAUUAAAGAUCCCAUAGUCUUGUCAAAGAUCCAUCAGUCAUACAGAGUUGGUUAUAUAAAGGAUAUUAUAUUGCCAAGAGCAUUGGACGAGGCUACAAUCGCAAAUCUCAAUUCCAUCAUUCUUGCAAAUAAUGCUGUAGUAGUUUCUUUGAUUAAGGAUGAUAGUACCUUUAUUCAGGAAUUGUUUGCAAAGAUGAGAACACCCUCCACAUCUUCAGAGUCAAAGAAGAAUUUGGUAUUCUUCUUGCAUGAGUUCUGUAGUUUAAGUAAGAGCUUACAGCUGGUCCAGCAACUGCGACUAUUUAGGGAUCUCAUGAAUGAAGGCAUCUUUGACGUUAUCACUGAUGCUUUACAGAGUCAAGAUAAAAGGCUUAUAUUAACUGGGACAGACAUCCUUAUACUUUUCCUGAAUCAGGAUCCAAACCUUCUCAGGACAUAUGCUAUUCGACAGGAGGGCAGCCUUCUUCUUGGGCUUCUGGUUAAUGGUUUGAUAACAGAUUUUGGUGAGGAUAUGCAUUGCCAGUUUCUUGAAAUUCUUCGCAGUUUAUUGGACCCGUACACAUUAUCUGGAUCUCAGAGAGACUCAAUCAUAGAGAUUUUCUAUGAGAAACAUUUGGAUCAUCUAAUCGAUCUUGUAACAUUAUCAUGCCCUCCAAGGGGUAUUGGCAAAUCAACUGGUUCUGGUGAAAUGACUGUAAAUCAAACUGCAACAAAGCCGGAAAUCUUGUCAAACAUUUGUGAACUGCUCUGCUUUUGUGUUCUUCAUCAUCCAUACAGGAUAAAGUCCAGUUUUCUUGUCAAUAAUGUCAUAGAAAGAGUCUUAUUUCUUACUUGCAGAAGAGAAAAGUACCUAGUCGUCGCUGCUGUUCGAUUUAUGCGCACUAUUAUUUCCCGAAAUGAUGACCAUCUCCUUCAGCAUAUUGUCAAGAAUAAUCUUCUAAAACCAAUUAUAGAAGCUUUUAUUAGUAAUGGAAAUCGAUACAAUCUUCUCAAUUCUGCAAUUCUGGAUCUUUUUGAGUAUAUCCGAAAGGAGAAUCUUCAAACCUUAAUCAUAUACAUAGUUGAUACUUUCUGGAAUCAGCUAGGAAAAUUCGAGUACUUUGGAUCUGUUCAAGCACUGAAAAUUAAAUAUGAGCAGUCUCUAGAGACUUGUGAAACUAGAGGUGCUACUAACGUGGUUGACCCAAGAAAGCGAAUAGACGAGCGGGCUCUUGAGAAAGAAGAAGAGGAUUAUUUCAACGACAGUGAUGAAGAAGAUACUGCAUCUGCUCGCAUGUCAAAUGCCCAUGGCCAACAAAGCCAACCGGUCUUAGCAAAUGGAGCGAGUGUCAGCUAUUCAUUGUUAAGACCGGGAUCUGGUAGACUGGUUGACUAUGAUGAUGACGAUGAAGAAGAAGAUUACAAUCCACCGUCUAGGAUUAAAAUAGAGACUUCGACAUGUGAAACCAGAACUGCAGAUUCCUCCCUAAGAUCGAAACGGAAAUUUAUUUCUAAAGAGGAGAUUGAACUGACAAAGAACCCUAGGGUAGAUAGAAAAUUGAAAGACAGUGACACUGCUGCAGCCUCUGCAACAUUGAAUCAUGCAUCUCUGCCCCGGAAUAAAGUUACAACUACAAUCCAUGUUACUGCACGGACCUCCGAGGGAAAUGACAGCAGCUCAGAUGAAGAAACAAAUGUUGACAAGGAACAUGCAGUUCCAAGGAGCUGUUCCAAUUAUUUGCCCAACAAUUCAGGCUCUAGACAAUCGAGUGGAGAGGAUUGCCCAUUGAUACCCUCCAAUAGUAACAGCACAUCAGAGAUGGCCAUAAAUGGUGCCAAUGUUACUGGGUCGGAACCUUAUUCAGUGCGAUGAUUGUGGUCCAUCCUUGAAUUAUCUGAUUCUUGUCUGAACGAGAGGAAUGAUAAGUAUCUUUCUGGUUGGCAAUCCUCUUUGAAAAAAAGACGACAUGCAUAUUCAAGAGAAGUGAAAGCGGGGUGUCUUUUGAGUGUCGGGUUCCCCCAUCCAUCAAUGGGAAGCAAAGAAUGUGGCAUUCCUAUACCUAGGCACACAUCCUAAUUCAGUGUCAUUGGGUGAUGCGACCCAGCCUUCCUCGGAUAAAUUAUUCAUUGCGGGCAAUAGACACGAUCUUGUUGCUCCUGUAAAACAAACAUUAGUUUGGAUGCCUCUUCUUUGUAUCUAUUAAAAUUUUGUUUUACGUCGUAUGGUACCGGGGGAGGGGGAUCCUCAUUUUUUCCCAAUUUUAGGGGGUUAUGAGGCAUAGUUUACGGUCGAGUUCUUUCUGGCAUUUACAUUUCCAUUUUUCCUCUUAUUAGGAAGAGAGGGAGGGUGGGUUGGAUCAUUAGAACCAUCUGGGGAUUAAAAAAUUAUUAUAAUCACGUCUACAAGUGAUGGGGGAUGUAAUUUCAUUUGUUGACUGCCACUGUAUAUUAGAUUUGGUUUGAGUAAUUAUGGUGCAUUUCACAUCAAGGGAAUUGGAUAUUUGGAUAACCCAAGGAUACUUGUAACACUUCAAAAUCAAUCCAAGUUGUCACUUCCAUUGCGUC